ACAGAUAUGAAGACGCAAAAAGUAACAAAAUCUUCAAAAUUUACGCAAGUCAACGACAACGAAUAUCGUGAUUACCAAAAUAUCGGAUUGACAGUCUUGCCAGCUUCACCACUAGACGAGGGAAAUCAGAACUUGGACAGGAUAACUUAUCCUGAAGGUCACUGCCAUAAUGUCAAUAAAAGCUCGGAACUACUUCUUAAAAAUAAUUACGAAGCAUAUAAAGCUCCAGACGCUAUACCGGAAAUGCAGAGGUACAGCAGCCCUGAGCGGAACGCCAAUCGCUACGCCACACAGACAUCUCAAGACAUAGAACUUUGCAAUUGCAUCACUCCGAUAUACCAGAAGACGCGCUUCGCGGACCAGUGCGGGAAAGGUCAUUCUCAAACUAUGACUCUAAAUCGUUCCUUUUCUUCGAUACCGAAAAUGGAGACUUCGAAUCUGAGUCUCGACAGAAAAGCCGGGAAAUUCGUAACGCGACCGAGAGACUCUCAACGGAUUCUGAGAGUGCAGAGUCCAGAAAUUAUUAAUAUUCACAGAGGACCGUUCUUCGAAGGGCACGGGAUUGAUUGUGGUGGUAGUGUCAGUGAGUUUAAGUGUAAAGACCAUGAACUCAGAAGGGGACAUAGCGUUAGAGCUGCUGGAAGUCGAUCUGGAGGCAUCCUCAGCAACGUUCAUCAAAAGCGUCGCGCCGCCGGCGACGGCAUGGACGCCGAAAUGGACGAUCCAGAACUAGUUUUCGAAAUGUCGUCGUCGGCUGGCCCACCGAGUGGACACUUGGGGUUAGGGGGAGAGUGUCAGUGCCCCUGUGAUCAUGUCGUUUACAGUCCAACAGCUUACACUACUUGUUUACAGGUCAGUAAAAUUUUAUUUGCUAUAGAGUUGUAUAUCUAG